CGCGGGGAGGACGGGGCGCGAGUGGGGCGGCGGCGGGAGAGAGAGAGCGAGAGAGAGAGCGCAAGCCUCCUCUACAUCCUCCUCCUCCUUUUCCCUCCCUCGCUCCCUCCCUCCUCCCCUUUCCCUCCCUCCCCUCCUUCUUCUUCCUCUUCUUCUUCCCCCCCCCCCCUUGAUGUGGUGCUUCUCGGGGCCCUGGGAGCCGGCAGAGGAGGCGCGCGCGGAAGGGAGGGAGCGCCCAGCCCUUCCGCUCCAGCGCCGGCGAUGGAAGAACUGACCGCUUUUGUUUCCAAGUCGUUUGAUCAGAAAGUGAAGGAGAAGAAGGAGCUGAUCACUUACCGGGAGGUGCUGGAGAGCGGGCCCGUCCGAGGAGGAGGAGGAGGAGCAGCCAAGGAGGCCGGAGGAGCAGGAGCAGGAGGAGAGGCCUGCCGAGGAGAGGACAGCACCGCCAGCAGCCCCAGCGCCGCCCGACUGGCAGGAGGAGGAGGAGGAGGAGGGCGCUCCCCUGAGCUGGAGAUGGGCGCCGUCGACCGGGGCAGGGACGCCGCAGGGACCCCCAAACUCAGCGAAGUCUCCCCGGAGCUGAAGGAGCGCAAGGAGGAGGCCAAGGGCAUGGAGGACGAGGGCCAGGCCAAGAUCAAGCAGCGGAGGAGCCGCACCAACUUCACCCUGGAGCAACUCAACGAGUUGGAGCGGCUCUUCGACGAGACCCACUACCCGGACGCCUUCAUGCGGGAGGAGCUGAGCCAGCGGCUGGGGCUCUCCGAGGCCAGGGUCCAGGUGUGGUUUCAGAACAGAAGAGCCAAGUGCCGGAAACAAGAAAAUCAGCUACAUAAAGGAGUUCUUAUAGGAGCUGCCAGUCAGUUUGAAGCCUGCCGAGUUGCCCCCUACGUGAAUGUUGGCGCUUUGCGGAUGCCUUUCCAACAGGAUAGUCAUUGCAACAUGACGCCCUUGUCCUUUCAGGUGCAGGCACAGCUGCAACUGGACAGCGCGGUGGCGGCCCACGCACAUCACCACCUCCACCCGCACCUGGCCGCCCAUGCACCCUACAUGAUGUUCCCAGCACCGCCCUUCGGCCUCCCUUUGGCCACUUUGGCCGCAGAGUCCGCCUCGGCUGCCUCGGUGGUGGCUGCAGCAGCGGCCGCCAAGACCACCAGCAAGAACUCCAGCAUCGCGGACCUCAGACUCAAAGCCAAAAAGCACGCGGCCGCCCUGGGCCUGUGACUGGUCCCUUGCCCUUAUGCUGGGCACGUUGCAAUCCCGGGGGUGGAGAGGGGGGAGGGGAGCCCCCAAGACUUGUCUGUGCCCCCUAAGCAGAGCCCCCCUUGACUCCCUUGAAGGGGCUCCCUCUCAAUUUUCCCCCUCUUUCCUGGUCCUCCAAGACUUCGAAAACCAAGAGAGACAAAAAAGGUGGGAAAACCCACCACGUGCUGAUCACAGGGCGCCAAACCUGCCCAACCUAACUUGCUCAGACA